GGCGCUUCGCUCCCGUUAAACCACAACAAAGAUGGAGGCGCGACAUGACAGCUAGAUUUGCAUUUUUCAUCGCGACGCGCUCAAACUCGCGCUGAAGUGAAGAUGGACGCGCCGCAUCUACCGGAGCACAGCGCGGAGAAACGCGUCCGUAUCGUCGGAUCCGAGCUGGUGGAGAAUUACACGGUUUACAUCAUAGAGGUGAAUGUUGGAGAUCACAGGUGGACUGUCAAGCAUCGAUACAGCGACUUUCACGAUUUGCACGAAAAACUCACUGUGGAGAAGAAGAUCGAUAAGCAUCUGUUGCCGCCCAAGAAGAUCAUCGGCAAAAAUUCCAAAAGCCUCGUGGAGAAGCGACAAAAGGAGCUGGAGGUUUAUCUCCAAACGCUCCUGAGCAGAUUCCCUGCAUCGACCCCCAAAGUCCUGUCUAACUUCUUACUCUUUCACUUAUAUGAAAUCAAUGGAAUUGCUGCGGCCCUGGCUGAAGAGCUCUUUCAUAAGGGUGAGCAGUUGUUGGCUGCAGGCGAGGUGUUUCUCCUCAGGCCGCUCCAGUUGUACGCCGUCUCACAGCAGCUGAAACUCGCCAAACCAACCUGUACCAACGGAGACGCCAGAGCUGACCUGGGACACAUCCUGGACUUCACCUGCCGCCUCAAGUACCUCAAGAUCCCUGGAAUGAAAGCAAUGGUGGGGACGAGUAACAUCGAGGAGCAGAGCCUCCCGUUUGACCUGUCCAUCUUUAAAUCGCUGCUUCAGAUCGAGAUCAGUGAUUGUGAUGUCGGACAAAUCAAAGAUCUGCCUUCCCUAAAGCCCACUCUUGCCACGCUCAGCAUACACCUCUCAGCCAGCAGCAUGAAGGAAAUCUUAGUUCCUGAAGCGUCCGAAUUUGCGCAGUGGGAACCUGAGGGUGUUGAUACGGACUGUCCCGUGACGGCGAUCAUUCCCACGUGGAAGAUGCUCACUACUUUGGACAUGAGCCGAAACUUCAUACGCUGCAUUGAUGACUCGGUGAAACUGAUUCCUGCAGUCGAAUUCCUUGAUCUCAGCUAUAAUGAAUUGUCUCUAGUGGAAAACCUCCAGCAUUUGUACAACCUGGUUCAUCUGGAUCUGUCCUUCAACAAACUCACGGUCCUGGAGGGCGUUCACACUAAACUCGGGAAUAUCAAGACUUUGAAUCUGUCUGGGAAUCAGUUGGAGACGCUUUCCGGCCUCAGUAAACAUUACUCAUUGGUUAACUUGGAUUUAAGCAGCAACAGAUUAACACAGCUGGAUGAAAUCAAACACAUUGGCACUCUUCCCUGUCUGGAGAAACUGUCUCUGGCUGAUAACCCCAUGUGCAUCAUCCCAGAUUACAGGACUAAAGUCCUGGCCCAGUUCUGUGACCGGGCCUCCGAGGUGUGUUUGGAUGGUACAACCACCACAGAAAAAGAGCUCGACACGGUGGAGGUGCUGAAAGCCAUUCAGAAAGCAAAAGAGGCCAAAGACCGAAUGGCAAACAAUGAGAAAAAGGUGAGUGACGUCCCGGGGCAGGCCGCAGACAGGCCACAGUCCUCUUCGUCCUCUCUCGUCGCGCCGCCCUCCUCUUCCUCCCCCUCUCUGUCUCAUUCCACCUGCUCCAGUCAAGAAAUAACUACUUGUAAAGAAAAAGCUUUUAUUACCAAAGAGAUAUUAACUCCUGUGGAUUCUACACGUACCCAGAGAUGCUAUGAUGUUUACAGCUCAACCUGUGAUGUCAUUCCGCAGGUGGAAACUCAAAUUGAUUCGAGUUUGUCUUCGGAGGUCACCUUUGAGAGCAGCCCCUGUUGCUGUGAAGAGGAGUGGAAACCUUGGACUGCAAGUCUUUCGAAUCUCUUUUUGCCUCCUUCCUUACUGUCCUACACAACCAUCAACCAGGAGUUUACAAACCAGCUUUUUGCUCAAAUCAGCCUGUCUAAUAAAGAAGAAUCAACCCCAAAACCCUGCAAAACCCCGUCUCUUGAGGGAACAGACCAGGGCAGCCCUCAAUCUGGAGAUGGCUACUUUGAGAUGACACUAGAUGAUACUAACGAGAUCAUGGGUUGUUCCUCCUCGUCUACUAUUCAGGAAAAGGUAACAGAUGAUGUGAAGAAGGAAUCCACAAUUGUUAAUGUAAAACUGGUGGUUUGGUCUCUUUGCAUCAGUGUUGGAGAAGGUUUGAGUCAGCGGCCAUCUUGUUUGGUGGCAACGGACUGCUCACUUGUGGUUUUCCACACAAGGUCAGAAGAACCAGUGAGUAACUUGGAGGAACUAACGGAGAACCUUGAGAUAGACUUGAUUGUGCCAUACACCAACAUUGAGACCUUUCAGUUUGAUAUUCCAGAGGUUUGUGUCUCCUUGAAUGUGAAGUCAAACAGUACACGUUGGUUCUUUUUCUCAGAUGCCCAAAGUCUGAAGGAGAUGCACUCUUGCAUUGUUCCAUAUGUGGACCAAGCUAAUGAGCAAGUAUUGAACUCCCCUAACACUCAACUGUUUAUCCGACAGUUUCUGAACUCUUGGGACUUUGAGGAAAGUGCGGGCAGUGUUAAAGGCGGAUACUUGAUCCAUUUCCUUAAUCUAGACUCAUCUACCUCUGACAAGAAUGUUGCAAACAACCCCCAGUUUCCAAAGAACUCUGUACCUUCAGAUGUUUUAUCCCAAAUCAGCCUGUUUGAAAGUGAUCAGGACCAAACCUCCAAUCCCAUGAUCCUUUUCCUGACCUCUCGGUACCUCUGUAUUCUCAAGGUAGAUUUUGUUGCUCUGGCGUCCCGGGACCCUGCGGAAGCAAGGAGGAUGCAGAGCUGCUCCAAAGUAACCCAUAUCCCACUCUCAUUCACGCUUCUCGACCCAAAGCAGUGCUGUUCGUGUAGGGCUGUCUCAAACUCUCGCCUUUUCUACGAUGAGCAUGUUAUAGAACUGAUGGUGGGUCAUGAGUGCCUGACUGUUGUUUUUGCCCUUCCACAAGACAAGUUCAUGUUCCUGAGAGAGUUCACACAGCUUCGGUCCAGUCUGAGGGAAAUUAAGACCAUAGCCCUCCAGCGCACCAAGAAAGGACACUUGAAAGUGCACAGUUGUCCCGCUCCUGCUACAGCCACGGAAAGAAUACCUGCCAGCAGCAUCCCUCAGGAAGUGCCAAGGCCCCAUCUGACCCUGUCUUUGCUGUAUCCAGCCAAAUCCCUCAUUCAGCAGCUGAUGGAGGACAACCAAUGUCCCUCGCAUCUCUCGCUCUCCUCCUCAUUACUCCUCAUCUCGUCUCUCAAGGGAGACCAGCUCGUUCACUUCUUCCACAACAAUGUUGCAGAGAUGGAGAAUGAGGAGCUGAAAUACAUCCUGUGGACGUCAGUGCUCUUCUACAGAUCUCCUGAUGUGGAGACCACUGCCUGUGUCCUGCUGUCCACCAAAGCCAUUUACUUCAUCCUGGAUGACACGGCGUCCUCACUUACCAACCAAUCAAUGAUGUGGACCUGGCACCAGUCUGAGCACAAGGACAAAGAUUUCCUCAUUUCCUUUUGUUUCACCCUCAAACUGAAGGACCUGCAGAGCAUCAAUGUGGGCUUGUUUGAUCAGUACUUUAGAGUCAUGGGGCCCUCGGCUGAUCACAUCAUUUCCUGUUUGACCCGUGACAGUUACAGCACACACCGGUUCCUGCAGCAGCUGAUGAUGGUUUUGACCUUGCUGGAGAAAGUUCCCUCUCCUGAACCUUCUGAGCUGGAUUUCUACUCGCAGUUUGGAAACAAAAGCACAGGUAAAAUGGUGAAUUACGAACUGGUCCAUUCCAGCAAGGUGAAGUUUAUAUAUCCAAGCGAGGAAGAGAUUGGAGACCUCACCUUCAUCGUGGCGGAGAGGAAGACCCCUCAAGUGCCGUCUCACUCCUUUAACAUCCUUUUGUACGUACUGGUAUUCCAGGUCCACAUUGUUCCGGGCCAAACCGCCCAGAACCAGACCGUCCUACAACCCAAGACUCUUAUACUCACCAGCACGGAUGUCUUCCUCCUGGAUGAAGACCACAUCAGCUACCCGCUACCCGAAUUCGCAAAAGAGCCACCACAAAGAGACAAGUACCGCCUCACGGACGCCUGGCGGAUACGCGACUUGGACCGCGUGCUAAUGGGCUACCAGACUUACCCACAAGCCCUCACGCUGGUGUUCGAUGAUGUUCCCGGGCCGGAUCUUUUGUGCCACCUUACCAUGGACCAUUUUGCAGAUGGUGACGGGAAGGGCGACAGGACGCAGGGGUUCGGAGGAGCCGAGGGGGAAGUGCAAUGGUGUAUUUUCGUACCAGGAGCUGAUAGCAGAGAGAGGCUAAUAUCGCUCUUGGCUCGCCAGUGGGAGACAUUGUGUAGCCGAGAGUUGCCGGUUGAGCUAACAGGCUAAAGUACAAAAAAAUGAUGGAAAAUUUGCAGUAUUCACAGUAUGACGAACAUAUUUGUUUUUAUUAACUUUUUUCAGUUUUGACACAAUGCAUCCUGGGAAGCUAUGUUGUAGAGUCCACACGAGUAUAAUAUAUAUUUUUUGUCUCAGGCUUCAAACUUUGCUUUUUUUGCUGCUUUUCAGACAUAUUUAUCUGCUGCUUUGUACAAUCAGCCAUGCAUCAUGAAAUGUGAAACAUCUGUUUUGUGCAGUUCAGUGUUAUUUUAAGUAAAUUUGUUGUUCUGUGGCAAAAUGAUUUUCAGAUGGCUUUCAAUGAACGGAAAAAGAUAUAUAGUCUUUUUUUUUUAUGUAAAUGCAGUUUUAAUGUGUUAUUUAAAUUUUAGAAAGUAUUCCCGAGAUAAAUCUGUGGAUUUAUU